AUGAGUGGUUACAGGGAAACGGCAGACCUUGUUCGAUGUCCCGUCACUCAACAAAUCAUGUCGGCAGUGCUCAACAAAACAGAUCUCAACUAUGGACGCUACGGUUUUCACAACUUUUAUCGAAUUGAGCUGAUGAAGAGACGCGACACAGAUCUUUGGAUUUUGUUCACCAAUUGGGGUCGGAUAGGAUCAGGUGUAGGGGAGUUCCAGACUACUCCGUUCAAUAAUAUCGAUGCUGAUCUCAGCAAUCUUGAAAGAUUGAAGGACUAUGCUAGGCAGAUUAACUGGGACGCUUCUUGCCCUUUUGGUCACAUAACUGAAGCGGCAAUUGAGCGUGCUCGCGGUAUCCUUAAGCAAUGUGAGCUGACCGUCAAAGAACUUGAAACAACGCUUGCAAAAGAAACC